AUGGCUAUAGUCAUCCAUCACAUGGAGGAUGCGGACGAGGAGGGCCGACCCCAAGUAAAUGGGACUACCGGGCUGCCACAAAAAAAGAAAAGAAAGGAAAGAAGAAGAAAGAGCAUUACUUUUCCAGAAUGGCAACAUUUAGAAAGGGACAGAAGUCGCUCUAAUCCAGUGCAGAUUAGGAUGUUGAUUGAAUAUAUGGCUCAGCACCAACGGUUCGCGAACCGAGAAUAUGACGGGCCUCUCGGAGCGCAGAGGUACGAGGCGCAAUGGGAAGCCCUCGCACAGGUGUUGAGGGAGCACGGGCCGGAUAAGUCAGUGCAGGCGUGGAAAGUGACUUGGCGAGACUUGAGCCGUAAGGCUAGACGGAACAACGCUACAGCUAACCGGGCUAGAGUCCUCACUGGUAAUGCGGCAGAGAUACCGGAAAUCAGUGAGGACGAGCAGCUGGUCCUGGCUGCCAUUGGCAGAGAUACUUCUGAAGGAGUGGGUCCGGGGGAAUCACGAAUUGGAGAUGACAUCCUAAACGAGCUAAAACAAUUAAACGAAACUCAAAACAAAAAAUUAAGAAUUUUAAAGGAGAGGAACGACAUGAUGGCGAAGAGUAUUAACACAUUGGAGAACUUAGAAAACUUGGAGGAGACGGAGAUCUUGGAUGAUACUACUAUAAUAGAAGAGGAAGACGUUUAACCUUUUGGCCGCCAGGUCCGCAAAGUAAAAAGCGGUCUCCCUGUCCCGGUCUCCGUAAUUCGCAACUCGUGUCGAUUUAAAACACUCCCUGCGGUCGUGUUUUAAUUUAUCGCCACUCGUUUCGGGUUUCCUCUUUUCCGCACUAGUAUCGUAAAUAGCUAUUUCUCUCCUUAACCUCUAGGUGCCUAAAGGCCUAAAAAAAGGUCUCUCAUUCUAUUCUCAUUUGAAUCUUUAUUUUGACAAAUCAAAGUUCCUUUUUUCUUGGCAAGUUUUGAUGUGUGGGCGGCUAGAGGUUAAUUUCUUUGAGCACAAAUUUGAGUAAAGAAGUAUUUUGUUGAUUUAAUUUAGCUGUCUGGAAGAGGUCACUGACA